AUGAGUGAAGCUCCAAAAUAUGCAUAUCCUUAUCCUGCUCCUCAAGGUUACCCUCAGCAAGGUCCAUAUCAAGGGCCACCAGUAAUGGCACCUCCACAGUAUUAUUAUGCUGCACCUCCACCCACCAGACAACCUGGAUUUCUUCAAGGAUGUGUAGCUGCUCUGUGCUGCUGUUUCCUAGUCGACGAGUGUUGCUGCGAUCCCUCCAUCAUCUUCAUCUGCUGA